CCGGGAAAAUGGCGGCGCCCGUGCUUAGAGCACUGUUGCAUGGGAAAUGGAGCAGCCGAACGUUUAGUACUACUGCUGUUCUGUGCAAGCGUGGGGUACCUCUGGGGCCGAUGCCUAAUGAAGAUAUAGAUGUCAGCAACUUGGCGGCACUGGAAAAGUAUCGCAGCUUUAGUCGUUACUUCAAGGUAGCAGAAAAAGAGAGAAAGAAACUUCAUUGGUGGCCAACCUACAAGAAACACAUCACUCCAAAGCAAGAUGAACAGGCAAAGAUAGACAUUGGCCUACCUUAUCCUCGUACACAGCGGGCAAACGUACUUAAAGAGAGAAAAGCUAUAAGGAGACAAAAUUUGACCAAUGUGGAAUUGGAAAGAGCAUCCCGUCUCAGGACACUGUUGAUUCCACUUGAUGAGGUCAAAGCUGAAUGGGAGAGAACCCGUGGCCCAUACCACAAGCAGCGCAUAGCAAAACAUUAUGGACUAUACCAUGACUUGUUUGAUGAUGCCACAUUUGUUCCCAGAGUUCUUCUAAGAGUGGAAUAUGACUCUGAUGAGGAAUAUGUUGUGCCAGUUUAUCUUGGGAAUUUAGUGACCCCCACAGAGGCUCUUAACCCUCCCAGAGUCAUAUUUGAAGCAGAUGAAGGAUCCCUGUGGACCCUCCUGUUCACUAACCUGGAUGGACACUUGUGUGACACGAAUAUGGAGUAUGUUCACUGGCUGGUGACAAAUAUUCCAGGCAACAAAAUAGAGUCAGGCGAGGAGAUCUGCCAUUACUUCCCACCAUUUCCUGCCAGAGGAACAGGAUACCACCGUUAUGUCUUCCUUCUCUUCAAGCAGACCCAACCAAUAGAUUUGACUGAUGAUAUGCGGCCAGUGCCAUGCCACAGCCUCAAGAUGAGAACCUUCAGGACAUUUGAUUUCUACAAGAAGCAUCAGACAGUCAUGACACCAGCGGGGCUGGCAUUUUUCCAGUGCCAGUGGGAUGAUUCUGUCACACAUGUUUUUCAUCAGCUUCUUCACAUGAAGGAGCCAGUGUUUGACUUUGUGCGGCCCCCUGUCUAUCACCCCCCACAGAAGAAAUUUCCACAUCGCCAGCCUCUGAGAUACCUGGACAGGUACAGGGACAGUGAUGAGCCAACCUAUGGCUUUUACUGACAGGUUUGACACUCUGCUUUUCAAAGGGCCUCUGGCCAAGGAAUCACAGUACAGGAACCCUGAGGAACAGUUCAUGUGUCUGACUGGUGAACGGCAGUAUAUGAAUCACAACAGGCUUCGUUUCAGAUCAUCACCAUUUCUUAUUCACCACUUGGAACAGAGAUACAGCUUAUGUCCACUGUUGAAUAUGUAUCAAAAAGUUUAUCCAGAGUUUUCACUAUGUUGAAGCCUACCUGUAUUAACAGACCCAUGACUAUCCAGGACCUGAACAUCUGUCCUACAUCCUGAGGAAUUCAGAUACCAUUCAUAAUUUGCUGCCAGCAAAUCAGUCUGCUUUAUCUCUCAACAGCUGAGCUGUAUCAGCAAAAUACUUCCAUCUGAAUUGGAUCAGGUGAUACACGAAAUCUUGCUAAGCAUUCAGUCACUGCUGAAAUGCUGGACCAUGUGU